CGCUAAAACCUACCAAGAAGAAGUUAUGGCACAUCGGAAGCAUGCCGAGUAUCUGAACAAAAAAAUUGAGUUUUACGAUGAAUUAGCGAUUGUGGUGGGGAAGGAUACAGCCACAGGUGCCUUUGCUAAGUCUGGAGUGGAUAUCGAAAAUGAGGCAGAUAAUGGGGAUAAUGGGGAUAGUGCAGAGUUUGUGGCAGAUAAUGUGGAUGAAUGUGUGGUUGAAAAGGGGAAGAACGUAAAUGAAUCAUCCACCACUGGGUCGGGAAUUUCCAAGUCCCGCAAAAGAGGGCGUGCAGCUUCUACUGCUGAUGAUAGUGUGCUGACUGAUCUGUCUGGUCAGCUGAAGGAAAUAGCUGUCGCUCUAAAAGAAAUUAAUCGGGGCCCGGUAGAUUACACAACUUUGUAUAAUGAGGUAAUGGCUAUGAUGGCGGAUGGAUAUAGCGAAGAUAUGCUCGCUACUGCCUUCGACCAUCUUUGUGAGAAUGAGAAGACGGCACGUGGAUUUUUAGCAAAGAAUGCUAGGUUGAGGAAGUUGUGGUUAGAUGGUUAUUUUUUCUCACAAAUUUGAUUUGCUUAUUUCAUGUUGACUGUGAUGGUAGAUUUAGGAAUUAACUAGACAUUGUAGUAUUAAUAUUGACGUAUCAAUGUAUUAUAUAUGUACUCUUUUGUAUUAUUGGGACGAUACAAUUGCCCAAAUUAUGUAUUUCGAAUGAUUAUGUUUGAUGUUGAACCAAAUGUGCUGCAAUUUUUGUAUUGUUACAGAUAUGUAUAGGGAAUGCAGGUUCUUCAAUUU